AUGAUUCUUCUGGGAAUCGUUUUACUUAUUUCCUAUGCUUUUUGUCAAAAUGUACCAACUGUGAUUUUGUCCGGAGAGUCGAGAAUUGUUUCCAGGAGGAUUCUUGAAGUCGAUCUGGGAACAGCGCAACAACUACCUGUAUUUCAUGAUCAAAACUUUGAUAGAGUCCCUGUGCAAGUUGUCAACCGGCAGGACCCCAAUGAACACUGCGACACAUAGUACCCUGCGACAGUAUAUAGAAGAAUCCUAAGACGAGCUAGAGUAUUCAGAGAUCGACAAGGACAGCUCACGGAUCAAUGGGAGCCGCUUGGAGAUCCAGUGGAAGUGGAGUCUUGGACAUUGACACGGAAACAAGGGAAUACUGGAAAAUGAGAAAAUCGUCUUCAAGUUUUUCUCUAAUAUUGUAAUUUUCAAGUUUUAUUGAUUAAAUUUGGUUCAUAAAAAUUUAUUUGUG